CAGGCUCAGCUCAGCCUCGAGAUGCAGAACGACGCCGGCGAGUUCGUGGACCUGUACGUGCCGCGGAAAUGCUCCGCCAGCAACCGCAUCAUCGGUGCCAAGGACCACGCAUCCAUCCAGAUGAACGUGGCCGAGGUUGACAAGGUCACAGGCAGGUUUAAUGGCCAGUUUAAAACUUAUGCUAUCUGCGGGGCCAUUCGUAGGAUGGGUGAGUCAGAUGAUUCCAUUCUCCGAUUGGCCAAGGCCGACGGCAUCGUCUCAAAGUAAGGUUGGGGGGCUCACAUUUGGGCAGAGUGAGUGGACUAGGGCUGCUCCAGAGAGAGGCGUGGUCCUAACGUUGUCCUUUUCCCCUGGUUCUAGGAACUUUUGACUGGAGAGAAUCAUGGAAGUGGAAUAUUUGUCAUAAAUAAAUAGUGAAAACCUA